UGUCUAGUCUCGCGCAAAAUGUGUCAUGGCAACGUAUGUGCAAUGAUUGUGCAUCGUCUAUUUUUGUUUUUCUUCUACAUCUAGAUCUAGAUCUAGUUUAACUGUAGUGGGAUUGUGAAAUACAUGUACAAGAUUUCAUUAUGUCUAAAGGAACUACAAUCAAGGAGGCUCUUGCAAAAUUUGAAGAAAAAAAUGGCAAAGCUAGUGAAUGUAAAGAAGUUAAACUUAUUGGAAUCUGCCCUCCUAUUGAAAAGAUGGAUGCAUCCUUGUCAACACUGACCAAUUGCGAAAGGCUUUCAUUGUCUACAAAUGCUAUUGAGAAAAUCGCUAAUUUGAAUGGGCUCAAAAAUCUGAAAAUAUUAUCCCUCGGGAGAAAUAACAUAAAAAGUUUAACUGGUCUGGAAGCAGUAGGUGAUACUUUAGAGCAGCUUUGGAUCUCUUAUAACUUGAUUGAAAAAUUGAAAGGCAUAAACGUUUUGAAAAAAUUAAAGAUUCUCUGGAUGUCUAAUAAUAAAGUGGCAGAAUGGACUGAAUUUAACAAACUAGCAGAAAUGGCAUGUUUGGAAGAUCUUCUGUUUGUAGGCAAUCCAUUAGAAGAGAAACAUUCAGCAGAAGGAACAUGGAAAGAUGAAGUUGCUAAAAAGCUGCCGAAACUGAAGAAACUAGAUGGCGUGCCUAUUGUACGACAAGAAGAAGAGGAAUAAGAAGCUGUAUACAAUUACAAGAAAGGAAGCACAUGUUAUGAAAGAUUGUAUGAAUGAUUUAAUUUGAUGGAGUUGAUGUAGUAUGUUAUGUUUCCGUUUAAAGUCUGUACAUGUAAGAAAACAAAACGUUCAUGUACCAAUAAUUAUGUUUUGUAUUUUUCAUGUUUGAUUUUAUUACUGUAAUUUAUAGGCCUACAAAAUCUUUUUUUUUUUAUUAAAAAAAAAAUUCUACUGUAAUAUAUAGGCCUAUGGAAUCUUUUUUAAAAUUUCUACUGUAAAUAAAACAUUUUUAAAUCAG